AUGAAUUUCGAACCCGCGCCUUACCCCACGUUGCAGUACUACCCGGAUCCCUGCAUCCAGCGGUUUGUAGAAACGCCCGGACACUUCUCCUGGAAGGAGAGUUACUACCGAUCCGCCAUGUCGCAGAGCUCGCAGACCAGGGACUUCCUGAGCCCAGAGGUUUUCCAGCACAUCUGGGACUUCCUGGAGCAGCCGAUAUGCUCUAUGCAGCCAAUUGACCUGAACUUCAUCGAUGACCCGUCGGAAAAUGGCCCCACGAACAAAAUCGAGAUCAGCAUGGACUGCGUCCGGAUGCAGGAUGCGGACCCAGGUGAUCCCAUGUGGCCGCAGUACACGAACCUGGGGCUCCUGAACAGCAUGGACCAGCAGAUUCAAAAUGGCUCUUCCUCCACCAGCCCCUACAACACGGAGCACGCUCAGAACAGCGUCACGGCGCCCUCGCCUUACGCCCAGCCCAGCUCCACCUUCGACGCGCUCUCGCCUUCCCCGGCCAUCCCCUCCAACACAGACUACCCGGGACCUCACAGCUUCGACGUAUCAUUUCAACAGUCCAGCACAGCCAAGUCGGCCACGUGGACGUAUUCCACCGAGCUGAAGAAGCUGUACUGCCAGAUCGCCAAGACGUGCCCCAUUCAGAUCAAGGUGAUGACCCCGCCGCCCCAGGGCGCCGUCAUCCGCGCCAUGCCCGUCUACAAGAAAGCCGAGCACGUCACGGAGGUGGUCAAGCGUUGCCCCAACCACGAGCUGAGCCGGGAGUUCAAUGAGGGGCAGAUCGCUCCUCCCAGCCACUUGAUCCGAGUGGAAGGAAACAGCCAUGCACAAUACGUAGAAGACCCCAUCACGGGCCGGCAGAGCGUCCUUGUUCCCUAUGAACCACCCCAGGUUGGCACCGAGUUCACAACGGUCUUGUACAACUUCAUGUGCAACAGCAGCUGCGUCGGAGGCAUGAACCGCCGGCCCAUCCUCAUCAUCGUGACGCUGGAAACCAGAGACGGACAAGUCCUGGGCCGCAGGUGUUUUGAAGCCCGUAUCUGCGCCUGCCCAGGCCGGGAUCGCAAAGCGGACGAAGACAGCAUCCGAAAGCAGCAAGUUUCUGACAGCACAAAGAAUGGUGACGGUACGAAGCGCCCUUUCCGGCAGGGCACCCAUGGCAUCCAGAUGACGUCAAUCAAAAAGCGGCGCUCUCCUGACGAUGAGCUCUUGUACUUGCCGGUCCGGGGCCGGGAGACGUACGAAAUGUUACUGAAGAUCAAGGAGUCCUUGGAGCUCAUGCAGUACCUCCCGCAGCACACGAUCGAGACCUACCGGCAGCAGCAGCAGCAGCAGCACCAGCACUUGCUCCAAAAGCAGAGCUCCAUGCAGUCCCAGUCGACUUACGGCUCCAGCUCGCCGCCGCUCAGCAAGAUGAACAGCAUGAACAAGCUGCCGUCAGUCAGCCAGCUCAUCAACCCCCAGCAGCGCAACGCCCUGACCCCCACCACCAUCCCCGACGGCAUGGGAGGCAACAUUCCGAUGAUGGGCGCCCACAUGGCGAUGACCGGCGACAUGAACGGCCUCAGCCCCACGCAGGGCCUGCCUCCCCCGCUCUCCAUGCCUUCAACGUCUCACUGCACCCCCCCUCCUCCCUACCCCUCCGACUGCAGCAUCGUCAGCUUCUUAGCGAGGCUGGGCUGCUCAUCCUGCGUGGAUUAUUUCACGACCCAGGGGCUGACCACCAUCUAUCAGAUUGAGCAUUACUCCAUGGAUGAUCUGGUGAGCCUCAAGAUCCCGGAGCAGUUUCGCCACGCCAUCUGGAAAGGCAUCCUGGACCACCGGCAGCUGCACGACUUCUCCUCCCCUCCCCACCUCCUGCGCACCCCGAGCGGCGCCUCCACCGUCAGCGUGGGCUCCAGCGAGACCCGUGGCGAGCGGGUCAUCGACGCGGUGCGCUUCACGCUGCGCCAGACCAUCUCCUUCCCGCCCCGCGACGAGUGGAACGACUUCAACUUCGACCUGGACGCCCGGCGCAACAAGCAGCAGCGCAUCAAGGAGGAAGGGGAGUGAGCCCCUCACCCGGCCCCGGCGCAGGCUCCGUCCCCGCCCUGCCCACAAACUGCUUGGCCCUUCCCAUCUCCCUCCGCUCCGUGCCGGACGCGGGGAGAAGAGCCGAGAAAGACCCCCUUUCCCUGCCGUGCUAGCUGUGCCCUCUUUUCAUCCCAUCGAGGUCAUGCCCCUCACCCCGCAGCCUCCCUGCUGGGAGAAGGAGACGAGCAAGGUGCCUGGGGUGGGUAGGAAGCACUUGGUCUUUCCUCCAAUGCAGCCGGCCUUGACGAGCAGCGUUUUCUUUGGGGCUUUUCUCUUGGCUUCGGCACCUUGACCUGCACGGUGCUUCUCUCCGUGUCCGGGCAUCUCUUUGCUUUGCUCCUCCUGCUGCAGAAAGAAGGUGAUCCCUUUCGGCCUAGAUGUCACUCGGGGUUGAACGUCUGCAGACGCAGGCGCCGGAGACCUCGUUAAACUAAACACUGUGUCCGGGUUGGGUUUCUCCCUAAAUUGUUGCCCACUUGAGAGCGAAGCUGGAGGCUGAGGCUGUUGCCAGGCCUGCUUUGGUGAUGCAAUGGGGGGUGGAUUUAGACCUGGUAGGGGGGGAUACAUUGCAGGCUGGAGGCCACUUUUUGGCUGAGCUAAUGUAAGUCCAAGCCAUAUUCCCAUGGACUUCACUAGGGUUGAACGUUUGCACCAUCACAGCCCCACUUCACUUGGUUUCUCUCUCAUCCUGCUGUUGCUGUGGGCUAGAUCACCUGGGAAAUGCUCCCAACCUCUGCCCGGGGACACGUGUUUAAAAGGUUCCCCAUGACCCAGCACGUGUUACCGUUGCACGAUGUCCCGGGUAGGGACACCCGGUGUCCAUAGGAUGCCUUGGACGCCCAGUGUCCUUGUUAGCUAGCAGCAGCAGUGGAGAUGAGGAGUGCCUACUCCCAUCCUGAAAACACCGCCGUGUCCAAAAUGGAGGCAUUUUCAUGUAUUUCUAAUGGAAGGGAAGAAAUCCAAGCGGAGGGACCGAGCUCUCAGCCUGGCUGCUUGCAAGCAGGCCUGCUUCUAGAGCCAGCCAGCAUUUUGAUAUGGGCCAAGUCCUGCCAAGGCAGCUCCUAAAUGAGUUGCAUCCCUGCCUAGCCCACCACUCACUGUCUUAAUGCACUGACCCCCUGCUUGGCACCGCGGGGCUGUCUUCCCUUUACGCGUGGCCAUCCUUCUCCGCCUGUCUGCCUAUUGAAUAAGGGCCCUGCUGCCUUCAGCAAGCACGCCUCCACCUGCAAGCCUAUUUUCACCAGCUCUGCAAGGCCAUUUCCCUGUAUAUAAGUUUGUAUAUAGAUAAUUUUUUGUAUGUGGUCAUCUGAAGCAUUCUUGUGCUGAUUUGGUUUUGUUUGUUUUUUUUACUUCCUCUUGGGUGACCAGGGUACCAGAACCACGAAAAGGUGUUUUUCAUUUCGUUUAAUUAUUUUGAUGCCAAGCGCUUGCAGUGUAUGCCUUGUAACAAAGGGCAUGCCACUGGGCAGCGCCAUCAUUUGUAUUUUCCUAGGGAGAUUCCUGCAUUAGGUUUGAUGCCCUUGGGAGGAAGGGGCUGAAACCUCGUCCUUUUGUUUCCUAACACUUCAAAUCCGAGCGUCCUAGAUUUCAAGCUAUUUUGUGCAUUCAGUUUGAAAGCUUUUGAGCUUUUUUUGGGGGGGGGGGCGGAUUUUUGUGCACCGGACAGCAGAGAAGGGAGACUUCCUGCUGGUGACUUGGUGCAAGAGUGACCCCGGAGGUUGCGUGUUGAGGAGAGGGUUAGUCUAACUAACGGGCUAGUCCUGAGGGGGAUGAAGCAUGUUCUGCCCUCUUCACCUCCAUGGUUUUGCAGCCACACUGGAUAAUUUCUUCUGAGCAGCUUCAGUAUUGUACAAAACCUGCCUCCAGUGCCAUUUAGGACCUAGAAAGCUUGCAACUAGCAAAGACGGCGCCCAGUGUCUGGGCACGCAAGACGUCUUCCGCACUGCCUUCGUAGCCCAGCCGUGAGCCUGGGCCAUUGACCUACUGGAUCAUCCAACAUUUGAGAUGUAUAAUGUGAACAGCCCUCUCUGUGUAUCUGCUGUGUAUCACUAUGGAGCCCGCCUCUGUCUAUCCCGACUCUUCAGUGAGUUAGACCUGCUGUAGCUUUUCCCCUCCUGUGAUUUGAUUAUUGUUGUUGUUGAUGGUUUCUCUGUUUCGAUAGAUCAAAGCAUGUGGGUUAAUUGAGCUGAUAAUCUACCAAGUGCUUGUAGUCAUCCAGUGUUGCCUUAUCUCAAAGGGCUUGUGUGCUUUGGAGAACCCUGUUGAUGAAACCAAUGCAAUAAAAGGAUGCUCAGGGUUGAGUACCG